AUGCAGAACCGAUCCUCUCGUCCCCAUCGACCGGGCCCAAUCGAUCACGAUGUCUUCGAGGGACUGCCUGUUCGCCGCUGGUCUCGCCAGCAGACGACAUUCUCGCAAGUGCCCAAGCCAACCGAGGAGGAGACAAGCAUAGUAGACUCGAACAGUCUGCCGGAAUUACCGAUGCCUAGAGAUAGCAACCUUCUGACGCCGGUGAGCCGAGCGCUGCUUCGCGCCGCGAGAGCUGGAUGCACAUACAUACAACCUGUCCGCAAGGACCCAGAGCCAGAGGAAGCAGAUCAAAAGGAUGAGGAGGAUACGGCAGCAGAGCAAGCAGAGCACGAGCGGACUUUCACAGCAACUAAAUGGACGUUAGCACCAAGAAAUGUUGAGCUUCCGGAGGUGGAAUUCCUAGCCCCAAGAAGAACAGGAUUGCCAUCUUUGUAUGGAGCUGGGGCUCAAGCAAAUACAGUCGCAGCGGCGGGCUCAUCUACUCCAAUGCGGAAGACCAAAUUUAAAAAGACGGACCCUACGAACGGCAAUAUAUCAAUAUACGAAGCCUGGGUUCCAGAGGGAUACCAGGUGGAAGGAGAGAUCGUCCAGGAAACUCAGGUUAUAGCGGCGAACCCAAAUACUAAAGUUAUCAACGUUGAACCGGCCCCGGGAACUGUGGUUGCGGAUGUUGGGGUGGUGAAUAAUAACGGGGUAGUGGUUGCUACCACCGACAGCAGCGCAGUUAUACCCAAUCAGAACAAGUCAAAACGGAAAUUGAAAAGUGGGAGUAAAUCGAAGAGCAGGAAGAAGGUCAUGUUUGCGCCUGGGAGUGGAACGGGACAGCCAGUGGCUCCUGGAGUUGAAGCUUCAGGGGACACAGCAGGCCAGUCCGCCGUUUCAGAAAAUGGCGCGACACCUUCUGGAACAGACCAUGCACCAGAAGACGAAGAAGAUGAAGAUGACGAUGAAGAGGGUGAUGAGAGCGACGAGGAAGACGAAUCCACUGCCGACUCCAAGCCCACCCCUACCACCGCGGACGGCCCUGUUGAUGAAAAUACCACUCCGGUUGUUGAUACCCCAUUAAACGAGCAGAGUAUAACACCACAGACCUCUAUUGCUGGGCAAGCAUCCAUAGAGGCAACAUCUACAGUACCUCCGGAUUCCUCGAGUUCCCUAGAGGUGCCACUCGUCACGACAUCUGCUCCCGAAUUGCCUUCAAAGUCGCCCACUGAAGAGCCAAAGGCGGCUGUAAUCCCCACUCAAGGGCCAGAGGAAGCUGUGAUUCCAGCUGAGCCACAACCGGCAGAUCCCGCUGACCUGUCGAAAGCCAGUUCCACUCCAAAUGCCCCAGCGGAUGAUACUCAGACGGGCACCUCCACACCACCGAUCCCGGAAAGCCUAGACGUCGAGAUGUGCACGGCUGAUGAAGCAAAGGAGCCCGUCCCCGAUAUAGCCGUUAGCCCUCAAGCACCGGCCAAGGAAGAGGAAGUUUCACCAACGAAUAUCCCACCGAGCACGGAGGCAGAAGCUAAGCCCCAGACUCCUCCUGUCUCUGCCCCUACGUCUGAUCUCAAACCUGAACAUAACCCCGAUCCUUCCCCUGCUCCUGGGCCCGUUACCGGCCCUACAUCCUCUGACGAGUCUAUUGAGCCAUCGACGAGCUCCCAGCAGCCCCCUCCCCCCGAAACAUCAACAGAACAACCAACAACCACAGAAAACCAGCCUCAUUCAACAAAUCUCGCUCAUUUCGAUGAUGGCGAGGUCGACCUCCUGGGAAGUCUUGAAGCGAGCCUAGAUAAGAAAGCUGAUUCGGUAUCAAGCGCUACUGCGCAGCAGCAGCAGCCAGAAGAAGCACAAGCUCCAGCCACGGAACAGAAAAAUGAUGGCGAAAAUACCCAUUCUGACAUACCUGCUACUAAGGAGGAAGCAAAUAAUGACGUAGGGAAGGACGUUGAAAUGACUGGUUAA